AUGCCCAAGUUCGUGAGGCGGCAGCCUCUCGCGGAACGUAUCAAGGGCUACCUGAACCCCUACGACUUCCUCCUGUGGCUGUCAGAAGAACUUGAGUCCAAUGGCUGGGAUCAACUGGAAAAAGAAUGGGCUGCACCUAUUGGUAUUGUCUUGAAUGUCUCCUUUGUCAUUGCGAGGGCCAACUCCAAAUCCAAAUCGACCAGCUAUGAUGAUGUGUUUGGCGAUAUUCCAGGGGUGGCGUGGACAACCUGGCUGGCUACCUUCAUUGUUCACUUCUUGACAUUGUUCUGUACUGUCAAUGCUACCUACACCUUUUGGCGGAAAAGACAUUAUCGCCUUUUCGAAACAUCCGUCGACGACGUGCCGAGCACCCCUUCCGCCAAACGAGUGCGAGUCGAUUCUUCACCGGUCUCCUCCUCUCCACUGCAAUACCUGUCGCGCAUCAUAGGAACAGAGUCAGCUCGGUCAAGGGCACAUCCUGAUCCAACAAGAGACGUCUGGGAAGUCGCAAUCUGGGACCCUUUACCUAUAUCCCUACGCUUGUUCUGCUAUUUCAGUCCUGGCCACAUCCUCGUAUACUGGCUUUUCCUACCUACUCUCCCUUCCGACCCUAGACCUAGCGUCACAAUCGCAACAGCCAUGUUUGUCGCAAUGCUCCUCUCCGCACAGCUUUCCUUGCUUCAGUCAAGCUAUUCCGCUCAGGUCAAAGACUCAGCCUUGAUCUCUAAAGAAGUAUUGCAUGAGUACGACACAAAAUAUGUGAGACCACGGACUCAGCCACUGUAUCGAGAUGUGGGGACUCAGUUCAGUGAACAAGCUUCAUACAGCGCGAGUCGCGACGAAAAGUACAAUAAGGUCGACGUCUAUACACCUAUGGUGGUGAUCAAUCGUGGUUUCAGACCCAAUCCAAAUCCCAACUACGCGCAGUAUACAGAUCCCGACACAGCAGUAGCCAGUACCAAUGUUCGACAACGCCUAACUACCCCGGAUCUCCGUUCACCGAUCCACAAUACCAACCCCAGCACAUCCGUGAGGCCUCUGGGAGGAAUGCGCCAACCAAAUUUUCGACCGACUGCAACCGGGGGCGAGGGUGGAAGUCUUGGUGUAUAUUCUCAUGCUGCGUCUCCUCUUCGGAAAAGUGCGUCAGCUCAUUUUUCUCGUGAGAAUAGGAUGGCGAGUCCAGAAAAACGGGGUUCACCGGACAAAAGAAUGAGUGUCCCUGCUGCGGCGGCUACUCAAAGAUGGGCUCAACUUCAACCUGAUAGCUAUCGCAGAGAGAGCGGUCGCUUCUGA